AAGCUGAGGACAGGCUCAGCCUCCUCCCUCCUCCCCGCACGGCAAACCAACCAUACAGAAACUCCUCCCUGCUCCGUUGCAACCGCCGCGUCGCGCGCUCCCGUCCCCCACCUCCCACGACGCAUUCCCCGGACUCCAACCCGCCAUCGCGGCCGCGGUGGCGAUCGCGGUCGCGGUCGUGCUCCGACACGCUCUCCAUGUCGUCCCUCUGGUCGUCGACGUCGUCGCCGACGCCCGCGGAGCGGGACCGGGAGGCCCCGCCGCGGUCCCCGCGCUCGCCCACGCCGCCGCCGCCGCCUCUGGUGGGGGCGCUCAUCGAGUCGCUCUCGUUCCGCAGCUGCGGGUUCGGCCGCGCCGCGGCGUCCGCGUUCCAGAAGGAGGACCUCCGCGCACGCGCCGCGCUCCCGCACCGCCUCCUUGCCGCCGUGCACGCCGCGCUGCGCGCGCGGAACCCCGCCGCGGGGGCGUUCGCCUUCGACGGCGACGGCGAGGGGCGGGGCGCGUGCAACCCGUGGUUCGACCCUGCCGCGCACGAUGACGCACCCGAGUCGCCACUCUUCGCGUUUGUCAACCCGCGCAGCGGCGGACGCCUCGGUCCCGUCCUCAAGACCCGCCUCCAAGAGCUGAUCGGCGAAGACCAGGUUUUUGAUCUGACUGUUGUGAAGCCUUCUGACUUUGUGGAAUAUGUUUUGGCUUGUUUGGAACAACUUGCUGACUCUGGGGAUCAUAGUGCGAGGUCCGUUCGCCAUAAUCUGAGAGUCAUGGUUGCAGGAGGUGACGGAACAGUAGGUUGGGUGUUGGGAUGUUUAGGAGACCUAUAUGUUCAGAACAGGGAACCUGUUCCUCCAGUUGCUGUCAUACCACUUGGAACUGGAAAUGAUCUCUCCAGGAGCUUUGGUUGGGGUGCUUCAUUUUCUUUCUCAUGGAAAGCAGCUGCUAAACGAUCUCUCUACAAGGCUAUUUUUGGCUCAGUUUCUUGUUUAGACAGUUGGCUUGUUGUUGUUUCUAUGCCUGAAGGCACAAAAGAAGAAGAAGAAGAAUUGGACCUCCCUCACUCCCUUAGGCAUCUCGGAGAGUGUACAUUUUAUGAUGAUGGCACUGCUGAGGGAGAGUUGCCUGAGACAGUGUCUUGCUUUGAUGGUGUUUUCUAUAAUUACUUCAGCAUAGGAAUGGAUGCGCAAGUGGCUUAUGGAUUUCAUCAUUUACGUGACGAGAAGCCAUUUCUUGCAAGUGGACCUUUAUCUAAUAAGUUAAUUUACGCAGGAUAUACCUGCAAGCAAGGAUGGUUCUUUACACAGUGCAUUAGUGACCCUGAACUAAGGGGAUUGAGGAGCAUUAUCCGUUUGGCAAUCAAGAAGAUGGACAGCUCUGAGUGGGAGAACAUUCCUGUACCAUCAAGUGUGAGGGCCAUUGUUGCAUUAAACCUUCACAAUUAUGCAAGCGGAAGGAACCCAUGGGGAAACUUGAAGCCUGAAUAUUUGGAGAAAAGAGGAUUUGUUGAAGCCCAAUCGGAUGAUGGUCUUCUCGAAAUAUUUGGAUUGAAGCAAGGGUGGCAUGCAUCUCUCGUGAUGGUUGAACUUAUAUCUGCCAAGCACAUAGCUCAGGCAGCCGCAAUCCGGAUAGAGAUCAAAGGUGGCCAAUGGCGGGACGCAUUCAUGCAAAUGGAUGGGGAGCCAUGGAAGCAACCACUUAGCUCCGAGUAUUCGACAUUUGUUGAUAUAAAGAAGGUGCCUUACCCCUCACUGAUAAUCAACGGUGGAGAUCGUUAGUUGGAGACCAUAUUUUGUGCCAUGGCCUAGCUGGAGCAGCCAAGAAAAUUUUCCAGCUUCCAGCUUGGAGCUCGAUGAACUCCAGGCACAGCACAAUCUUGAUCACGGUUGCCUGAAAUCUUAACAACUGUAUAUUGAGUUGAGGAUGUACGCAGAACAACGGAAUGCAAUGGCGUGUCUGUGCUUUGAUCGCAAUGCUUAACUGAAUUUCCGUGUACUGCAUCAAGCUAGUGCUGGUUAUGUUCGGUAAUUUGAGGACGGUAGUUUCGACCCUACUGAUUGCUACCAGAUUGAAAGAGAGGUGAGAGACAAGUUGUCACCAUUCCU